AACUAAUUCUCUGCAGAAACUUUGUCCCUAACUUUUGACACUUAAUUGUCCUUUAAAUAACAUAAGCGACAUGUAAAGAAUCCUUUGCUGUAAUUUUUAUCUUUGGACUCUUUAAAAGGAGGUACAUUUAGUUCAAAAUGGCGGCGUAGGUGUUUACUGUGUGUCAACAAAAGGAAAUUUAGAAUUACAAGAAAAUAUUGAUAAUGGGAAUGUCAAAUGCCGAGCGCCAAAGACGGUUUCGGGAACGUCGAGAUGCUGAUCCAGAAAGACGACAAAUAUAUCUGCAGAAAGGCAGAGAGAGGUAUCGAAAUGACUGUAAAAGUGGAAAGGUCAAACCAGUUGAACAGUUAUCAGACAGAGACAAAAGAGCCAUCAGGAAGCGAUGGAGAACACAAAAGCGAAAGGACAGGUUGCGACAGAAAAAGAACAUGGAAACGCUUAAAACUUUGAAUACACCUCCCUCGACACCAGAGCAUGAAAAUCCUAGUAGCAGACAGAAGAAACAACACAAAAAGAAGUCACGAAGAGAAGAAGCAAAAUUAUACAGAGAAAAAAAGAAGAUGGAACUUGAGAUAGAGAAAUUAAAGAAAAAAGUCGAAAUGUACAAAAAGAGACUAGCCCGCAAACAGUCAGAAGACGAAAAGAAACAACAAGAUACACCCAGAAGACGAACUCGAAAAUUGUUGCGUAACCUUGCACCAAAGGAAGUAAAGAAAUCUUUGUUUAGUUACCAAGUCCUAAUAGAGGCACUCAGGCAGAAAUAUAAGGAGAAACGAAAGAGAGAAAAGACAGAGUUUGCCACAAUUUUAUGUAACCAAACACUGAAGAAAUAUCGUAUCAAGAGUGAAACAUAUAAACUGAUUGGACAAAACCUUCGAAGAAAACGGAGCAAAACCGGAUAUAACUCUUUAACAAAACGAGUGUCUGAAAAGGUGCAUGCAUUCUAUACACGGAAUGAUAACUCGAGAUUAAUCACUGGAAAGAAACAAACAAAAACACACAAAAAGAUUAGAAAACAAAGAAGGGUGUUGCUAUUGAACCUGAAAACCUUGCACAAAAAGUUCUUAUCCGAGGGAAAGACGAACGUUAGUUACUCCGUGUUUUGUAGACUUAGACCGUUCUAUGUUGUUUUUCCAAGGCAGAGUGAUCGAAACACAUGCUUGCGUAAAACAUGCAAUAAUACAGAACUGCUAGCAGAAGCAUUAACAAGGGCAAAGGCUACUAAAUCAGUUGAUUUAAAUUCGUAUGUAGAGGAGGCAGUGUGUAAUAUCAAUAAGAAAACAUGUAUGUAUGGUGAAUGCAGUGUCUGCAAAAAUAAAAGCGUUGAAGUGAACAAAGCUGUUUUGGACAUAGAUGUAACAUGGUUCGAAUGGACUACAAAGAGAGACGUGCGUAAAAUAAAGAAAGCAAAAACUAUGAUAGAGAAGCCUGUCUAUGUGACAGUGAAAGAAUGUAAAGAAGGAAAGGUUGAUCAACUAUUUGAUAGGUUUAGUGAUCAGCUUAAAAGAUACCAAAAACACAUAUAUCGAACCAAUACACAAUAUGACUAUUACAGUAUGAGAAGAAAAACACUUAGUGAAAAUGAGUGCAUUAUGCGUAUUGAUUUUUCAGAGAACUAUGUUUGCGGAUAUAGUGAAGAGAUACAAAGUGUUCAUUUUGGUGCGUCAAAAAAACAAAUAAGCCUACAAACAGGUGUUACUUACAUGAACAAGAGCUGUCGGAGGACAGCAACGCUCGACUAUUCAACAGCCUUGUCGACUGAAUGAAUACGAAAGUCGAAAAAGGGGCAUAAUUUAAAAAAAGCAAAAUAGGGUUAUGGAACCUGCAUAGUGCUUAUCAGCUCAUGACAGUGGACAAGUGUGUGAAGUUUCAAUCCAUUCCCAUUAGUGGGUACUGAGAUACCAGCUUACAUACAAAACCUUAACCAAAAAAUUCUAAGUCGAAAAAAGGGGCAUAAUUUUGUAAAAAAGCAAAACAGAGUUAUGGAACCUGCUUUGUGUAUGUCAGAUCAUGACAGUGAACAAGUGUGUGAAGUUUCAAUCCAUUCCAAUUAGUGAGCACUGAGAUACCAGCUUACAUACAAAACCUUAACCAAAAAUGUCUAAGUCGAAAAAUGGGCAUAAUUUUGUAAAAAAGCAAAAUAGAGUUAUGGAACCUGUGCAAUGUAUGUCAGUUUAUCACAGUGAAUAAGUGUGUGAAG